AAAACAUUAAACAGGUGAGAGAGAACGGAUGUGAGAAGGAACCAUCUUGCCAGUUCACAACAACAACAAAACCGAGCCUUCCAUCCCCUGCCAGUGUUGUGGAGGCCUGAGGAGGGUGAAGUGCACGCCCUUGCCUGCUCCCCCUGUCCUCCCUGUGUACCAGAGGCCUUGAGGGCGGUGUGCUGGCCGAGACAUCCGCCAUACACCUGUCACCUUAACACACUGACAACACACACACCUCUAAUUAGUGAAAACAACAACAAAAAAACAGACUUAUACACAUUAAACUACACUCAACAACAGUGACUCAAUGCUUACCAAAACCAACAUCAAGAUAGAAAAUGUGACUAACUAUAAUAAAUAAAUAAAUAAAAGUGCCAAAUAUUGUGAUAGAACACUAAAAUUUGUGAUAAAACUCAACUAGAAGCAAAUAGAAAACGUACAUUUUUAUAUUUAAGUCCUUUUGGUGACGAAAACAUUUGCCUUCAAGUCUCCAGUGUCGAGUUACAAGGGGAAGAAAGAAUGGUUUAGUCACCCUUGAAACUGGACAUCACAGAGCAUGGCAGCCGUCGCGCGUAAGCUCAGUGACAGCGGGGGCCCAGCAGAUGGCAGUGGAGGGGAAGGAGGAGGGGGAGGAGGAGGAGGAGCUGACCACAACACUCUGCUCGGAGGAGGAGGAGGAGGAGGAGGGGGAGGAGGAAGCAGUUUGAGUAGGAAUAGUUCAACACGAGGCAGUCUUCGAAAGGUGUUGCCGUCUGUACCUGACAUGGACCAGCAGCUUUCGAUGGCAGCCAAGAUGAUAGACCGCCGGACCUCUACGCCCAAGGGGAACCACUCCUACAGUCCUUAUUUCCUGGAGUACACCCUUCUUGCUGAGGAUAACCUCCUACAGAAGCAGAGAGUGUCAGGAGUGUAUGUCGUCCCCUCAGGAAAGAGCCCCCUUGUGUGGUUUGGCGUCAUCUUCAUCCGGCAAGGGAUAUACCAGGAGGGAAUCUUUCGGUUCAACCUGCACAUCCCUGAGAAUUACCCUGAUGGUGAUGUGCCGACAGUAGUAUUCGAGACGCCCGUGUUUCACCCCCUGAUCAGCCCGGACUCGCAGCAGCUAGACAUAAGGCGAGGGUUUGCUAACAAGUGGCGGCGCAACGUGAACCACCUGUGGCAUGUGCUUCUCUACGUGAGGCGGUGCUUCUACAAGAUUGAGACCAGCCACCCACUGAACCCUGAAGCUGCUGUGUUGUACGACAGCGACAAUGAAAUGUUCCAAGUGAGAGUGAGGAGCUGUGUGGAGGAGAGCAAGAGGGCCAUGUACGAGCCACCUGCUGCCGCCGCCUCAGACCCCCAUGCCAUUGUCUUCUCCCCCUUCCAGCCUGCUGUUCAUGACCCUGUUCUAGAGGAGCUCAAGAAGGACAGGAGUGAACCUACCAACAGUCUCAAGGAAGGAGGAAACUGCAACGGUCUAUCUUGGGUGAAGCCUGGGACUCUUCAGAUCUUCUCCCAGUCUGCCUCCUGACACGGCCCACACCAGGAGGACCCUCUCUGCUGCUGCUGAAGGGACGGACAGGAGCUGGAGGGCCAAAUAGAGCCUUCUUCCACCUGUCUCCUGUCCUCACCACCUUGUCACCCACCUUGCUGCUCUUGAAUUAUACUCCUUUUAUUUCAUUAUCAUGUCACCAGUUGCUUUUAUCUUCUGAUUUUGUGGAUUUUCUGAUUCAUUUUUGUAACUCGAAUAUUGCUUUACUCGAAUAUUAUUUUUUUAUGAGUUAUUUUCAUCUUGAAUUUCUAUUUAAGUGUGUAGGAUGGAUUAUUUCACAAACUUUCUAUUAAUUUCCUUUGUUUUUUGUUACCUUUAAACUUGAACUCUACUCAUAUAUUCUUUUUUUCAUCGGUUUUCAUCAAAGAUUUCUAUUUUAAUGUUUGGGCGUGAGUUGUUUUAUAAAUGACCUUAUGUCUUAUCCAUUGUCUCAUUUCAUCUUUUGUCCUCAUAGCUUUGCUCUGCUUGCGUAUUUAUUUUAACGAUGCCACAGAACUCUUGGUAAUCUUCAUCUUUCUAUUUAGGUUUGAACAGUGAAUAUGUGAAUUUAAAAAGCCUGAUACCAAUUCUCUCCCCCUCUCUCUCCAUAAACUCAUAUUCCUUUAUAUAUUUUGUACUGGUGGUCCUUCUGUUAACCUCUCACUUUCUUACCAGCAUCCAAGGUCCUCCUCAGGUCCCUCCCAGGUCCUGCUAAGCCUCAAGAUUCUAAUGUCUUAUGUAUAUCAGUGUGUAUACUUAAUUUACAUCAUUGAGGCUUAAAAACAUACAAGUGUAUCCAGGAUUUGAACAUUAUGGUGUUAUGCAAAGAGACGGGUGUACAGUUCCGUUCAUUUAAUGGUCAGAGUGUAGUGGUUUUCAUCAGCUUCUCUUAAUGUGCCUCUUUUUGCUGCUUGGGUCUUGUGUUAGCUUCAUUCUUCUUCUUCCUUUCCUUUCCUUCUGUCACUAAGAACCAAAGGGAGAUAUAUGUGUGUCUCUUUUUACUUUCUGGAUCUUGUGUUUGCUUCAUUCUCCUUCCUUUUCUUUACUCCUGUCACGAAGAACUAGAGGGAGAUGUUUGUGUCUCUUUUUAAUGCCAGUGUCUUGUAUUUGCUUCAUUUUCCUUCCUUUUCAUAGAGAUAUCAGUUUUAUGUUCCUUUUUACUUCCUGGUUAGCUUCCCCAUUCCUUUUCUUUCCUCCUAUCCAGAACUAAUAGAGUAUUCACCGAGGCACAGUGUUGUAUAAAGAACACAUACCUAUCUAUGAACCUUACAAAGUGACACAAAGAACUUUCAUCGAAUCGUGAUAACCUGAGUGGUGUUGAUCCUAAGUGAAGACUCCUUUCCUUACUAAUAUCUGGGUUGGUUUGUGUGACGAGUGAUCCCUGUGUCCUGCGUCGCACGUAGGUAUAGUUUUGUAUGUAUCCUCUGCACACCCAAACCCCAGACUGUGUAUAAGGUGUGUAAGAACAAUAAUUCGCGUGUAGAACAAUCGGUUGCUGGCUUGAGACGAAUCCCUUUCUGUGGUGCAUAUGUUUGUUUACUAGGGAUUUGUUCUCUGCCAUAUUACUUGUACCCUUGACUUGGUGGCUUCCAGACCUGUGUUGUACUUGUCCCUCCCCCAUCAGACAAACACAUGCACAUACACACACAUACACACACACAUCAUAGGGAGCUUGACUCAACUGUGUGAACAUACAAAUAAGUAAAACAAAUAGUUAACUAGGUAAUAGACACACACGAACACAAACACACACACACACCAUAGGGAUCUUGACUCGCUAGUGUAGAAAUAGAAGUAAAAUAUAAACAGGUAACACACACACGUACAUACACACUUCAGCAGCAGUACCAAUUGAAUGCUGAGGUCAGAAUGCUCAUGAGAAGUUACAACACAAAGACCAAACUCCCGCAUCUUGUGUCCCUCCCUUGAAUUAGUAAGUAGUAUUUUGUAAACCUCACCACAGGCACCUGUUGAACAAAGUGACCACAUUCUUAAACGUUUCAGCAUCUUGACCUCUGGCGGGCUGUAGUGGGAGAUGUAAUUGUUCUCGAGGGUGUUUUCUUGAUUCUAGUGAUUGUUUAAACAACGAUUCUGCAUCUUUGAUAGAAAAACACUCCUGAGAACUGGACGUAUCAUCUCUGUGGCCUUUGAAAGUGGUCGCGGUGAGAGAGUAAAGCGUUUCAAAAUAUGGGUCGAGUUAGACAGCUAGAUAUCACUGUGAAGAAUUGAUAGAGAUUUAUAUAAUGUAUUUCAAAGAUUGCAGUGAGUUUUGAGCCAUAAAUUUUUGUUACUGAAUAGAUAAGUGUUGUUUGUGGUCAGUUAUGAGGAACGUGCAUAAAAGAUAUUGCAAAAAAGGAGUGAUAGGGAAAGAAACGUGAUAAUAAAUGUUUUUCUCACUUUUAUUAAAGAUUUUUCUGUUUCAUUUUGCAGUGUGUGUAUGUCAGAAUGAUUAAUGAUUUCUGAACUGACUGUAACACUUCUGCACACACACACACACACACACACACACACAAGCAAAAUACCAAGCCUCAGAAACUCAAGCUAUAAGGAAAGAUGAGGAAAGUUACAGUUACCUAAGUUUGGGGAGAUGAAAAAGAGAUGUGGUUAUGUUGUGAUGCUGUACAAGAGUGUGACAAGAAGAGGAAAUUUAGAUACAGAAUACUUGUAUCAGGAAGGGAACAAUAAAAAGACACAGCAAGAAAGUUAAAGAGAUAAGGAAAGUAAAAAAAAGGAAAUGUAGAUGCAGAAGACUUGUGUCAGAGAGAAAACAUUAACAAGACACUGGAGAAAAAUUAGAGAAGAUAAGAAUGUGCAGAAAUAAAGUUUUUUCAAAGAGAAGAAUACACUAGCAAACCACAUGACCUUAAGAAUUGAUGUAUGCAAACAAUAUACACGAACUUAAAGUGAAAGGUACAUGAUUGUGAUGUGGUACUAAGUAAAAGAUGGAACAUUACAAGCUUGACUUAUAGCAAAAUACAAAUAAGUGAACACACACACACACACACACACACACACACACACACACACACACACACACACACACACACACACACACACACACACACACACACACACACACACACACACACACACACACACACACACACACACAUAAGGAGUAAAAUAUGCAUUGUAUACCAGCACUCAUUAUAAAUCUUCACCCCUAAGCAUGUAAACCACCUUAUGGAUGUAUGGUGUGUGUGUGUGUGUGUGUGUGUAGAAGAAUAAGAGCUAGUCCUUGUAUGUGUACUAGUAACUAAUUCUGGUGUGUAGUGGAGCUGUCAGCUGUCUUCCCGAUUCAAGGCACAUGUAUCAGAAUUAGUAAACUACACUAAUGCCAAGGGACAUGUUAACACCAGGGAGCAUUUUAUUUACAGACUUCUUAAUGUUAUGAAUAGAAUAUCACAAAAUCUAAUUACGACAAUGUAGAGUGAAAUUCUAACAUCUGUGAAUGUUUUAUUUGCUGAUAUUUUAAUGCUGUGAAGAGAACAAUGUUGUAUUUUGUUCUGAUGUGUAAAUGCAGUAUUGGUGUUUACAUAUUGGUCAUUUGACUCAGGAAAUACAGUAUUGAGAAUUGUUUUGAGUGGGAAGAAACAAAAUUUAUGGCUAUUUCAGAUGAAUUUUUUCCCAUUUCUCAAACAUCUUUUCAAUUUCAAGAUAAAUUUUCAUACAUUCUAAUUAUGUAAGAAAAUCAAGUCAUUCAUAAACUAAAAACACAUAAAAACAAAUCUAUUAAGCACAAGAAAAAUAAAAACAAUCCUUUCUUCAUUUUAACAUUAAUGUUUAAAUCACUGACUGGUCUCAUGCACCGAUCCACAACUAAGAGGUCGGCAGUCACUCAGCAUUGUCUGGGCAUGAGGUGGACAUAGCAGGGAAGAGAGUUGAUGGCUUAACUGUACCCACACCAUGCCACAAACUACCCGCUGGAGGUGAACUGUUUGUACAAGUGAUGAUAACUGACAAACCACAGAGCCCUCUUUUUUUACCCCAGAGUGUGAUAGUGAUAUUACUACUACUACUACUACCACCUAAUACUACUCUUGGGACCACAUUCUCAAACAUUUCAACAUCUUGUCCUGACUACUUUUAACAGGCUCUAGUGGAAGGUGUACGUUUUCAAGGGUGUUUUCAGGAUUCCUGUGAUAGUUUAACAUGUUCUAGAUCAUGGUGGAGAGAAAGAAGAGACAAAUUAAAAAGAGAAGAUGAAAAGAAAGAAACACCCAUGAGAACCACACUGUUCAUCUCUGUAGCCUUUGAAAAGUCCAGAUGGGUGUUUGAAAAUGGGUUCCCUCAUUUUUUAAGCUGUUAGUUGGCAUUCUGAUGUAUGAUAUGUAAAUAAACCUAUUAAUAUGA